AUGAUUGCGACCAUAGCUCGGCCGUCAGGCUUGCAGCGCUCUGUCGCGACUGCCCUCGCCGCCAUCCGGCCCGGCUUUGAGGAGGAGCAUCUCGAGCCGCGCACCGGCUACUCGCUCGACCUGGCGCUGCCCUCAUCACGCAUCGCGAUUGAGGUGGACGGCCCCUUUCACUUCCUGCUGCCCGACGGCCGGGGCGUGCGCAAACCCAAUGGGCCGACGCUGCUCAAGCGGCGCCUCCUCGCGGCGGCUGGCUGGAGGGUGAUCAGUGUUCCAUUCUACGAGUGGGACGGCCUCGCGACUGCCAGUGAGCGGCAAGCCUACCUGCAGAGGGCGGUCGCCCCGCUGUUGGUGUAG